CGAAAAUAUGUUGCUUUUGAACAUUACAAUAAAAAUUGAAAAUUAUAAUUCACACCAACUUUUAAAGUGAGUUAAUAUAUGUCUCGCCUUUAGCCAGCCCUAAAGAACCACAUCAAGAACUUUAUGUUGCCAUUUUGUUUACAUCACACAUAUGCUCUUCAAACAGCCAAUCACAAUGUACCACAUAUCUACCGUCAUAUAAAUUGUGCAUUUGGGGUCCAAAACGCGCUAAAGAUGCAGUGGUUGCUGUCGUGUCUUCUUUUUGCUGCGUUUGCUUCGUGUGACAAAGUCAUCGAGCUCACUAAAGACAACUUUCAUUCUGAAUUAAAGUCUAUCCCAGUCGCUUUAGUGAAGUUCUAUGCUCCAUGGUGUGGACAUUGCAAAAACCUAGCUCCUGAGUUCGUUACAGCUGCAGAUAUUAUUUCCAAAAAGACUGGCGAUGUUAAGCUGGUUAAACUGGAUUGCACUGCCCACGAAAGUAUUUGCUCAGAGUUCGGAGUUAGUGGCUACCCUACUCUAAAAAUAUUCAGGAAUGGAGAAUUGGAUAGUGAAUAUAAGGGUCCACGGAAAGCAGAUGGAAUCGCAAACUAUAUGAUUUCUCGGGCAGGACCUGUGUCCAAAGAGGUCAUGUCUGUUAGUGAUAUGGAAAACAUCCUAUCAGAUACUAAGCCAACUGUGUUUGCAUUUGUAAAAUCGUCUAGUGAUCCAUUAAUGCAGACUUUCACGUCUCUUGCAAGUUCUAUGAUCGACAACGCUGUAUUCUGUCAUAGUCAUACUAAUCUUUUUGAAACAACUGGUGACAACGAAUUGAGAGUGUAUUUGCCCAAACGUCUUCGAACAAAGUUAGAGGAUGACUUCUAUGUCUACAAAGGUGAACUCACAUCUAGUGGUAUCAAGAACUGGAUUCGCAAACAAGGACAGGGACUGGUCGGUUAUAGGUCACCAUCCGAUUCAUUUUAUUUCGAAGAUUCCAAUUUGGUAGUAGUAUAUAGCAACCAAUCCAUAGAUUCAUAUCCUUCUGGAGUAAAGUACCUCAGAAAUCGUAUCUUAAAAACACUAAAAGACAAUCCUAAUAAGUUCAAAGAUUUGGUAUUCGCUUACAGUUUCUCGGAUGAUUUUUCCUAUGAACUAUCUGAGUUUGGCAUAGAAGCAGAUCAGCUACCAGCAGCUGUGAUCAGAUCUAAUGAUAAGAAGUAUAAGCUUGAGAAAUUUAGUCCUCAAACAUUUUCUGAUUUCUUGCAUAAAUUUGAGAACGGUCUUUUGACUCCACAUAUAAAAUCAGAACCUGUCCCAACGGACGACUCUGAUGAGGUCAAAAAGUUGGUUGCGCUUAACUUCAACGAUGUCGUAAAUAACGAAAAGGACGUAAUGAUCGUCUUUCAUGCGCCUUGGUGUGGUCAUUGUAAAAAUCUUAUGCCAAAGUACACGGAAGCAGCCAAAAAACUGAAGAACGAACCAAAUUUGAUUUUGGCUGCAAUGGAUGCAACUGCUAACGAUGUCCCUUCACCUUUUCAAGUGAACGGAUUCCCGACAAUUUACUUCGUCCCUAAAGGAAAGAAGAAUUCACCUAAAAGCUACGAGGGUGGUCGCGACGUUGCUGAUAUCAUCAAGUACCUCGCACGCGAAGCUACUGAGGAACUUGUCGGGUACGACAGAUCAGGCAAUCCGAAGAAGGGUGAACUAUAGGGUGUCUUUAACGAUCUUAUUUUUUCGAUAUAUUGUAUUCUACUUUCCCAUUUUUAUUGAUUGUUUGAUAACUUGUAAUUGUGAUGUAUUACAACUUCUAGUUGGUAAUAAACCUGUUUUUUGAAAAUAAUAAUUUUUGGUGAAUUUAUUACACGAGAUUAUAGUUGCCGGAUUUUAUUCACAAUCGAGUUAAUACAUUUAGUAAUGUAUCAUG